GGCAGCGGCUGAGUGAGCUGCCGCCGCCGCCGUCGCUGCCGCCGCCGGGGGAGGGGCGGCCGCCGCCCGCUUGCGCUCAGAGACUCACGCAGCCCCAAUCCCGCCAGUCCGCCAACACUGUAGUGCCGGCCCCCCCUCCUCCCCUGGCCCUUCCCCCACCCUGCCUUUGGUCGCUCCGCCUUUUUGCCCCCACCCCCACCUCACGGGCACGGGCUAUUCCCGGCCAGGAAACGCCGUGGCGCCGCGUUGGGCCUAACUCGAGUCCUGCUGCCUCCCGGGAGUGCCGUGCGCUGCAGCCCGGGCCCAGGCCCCGGCCCCGGCAGCAACUGGGACAAGGUCUUCAGAGCUACCAACAGAUAAUUUUUGGGGACUUCGUAUUCAGAGGUCUAUACAAAGGUGACUGAGCCAAAUAAAUUCUUUUGAUGUUGUAUUUUGAUAAAUGCUAAAAUCAAAUGUUGAGGAUUCCUCAUGUCCAUAACAUGUUGGUUGAGGCUCUGCAGCUCACCCCCACUCUCAGAGUGGCCAGUCUCCAUUAAUUGGACCCCGUGAUUUCCACUUUCUGCUGUGCUGGACGUCAUGAGCAUUGCAAUCCCUCUGGGAGUCACCACACCAGAUACAUCCUACUCAGAUAUGGCUGCUGGAUCAGACCCUGAAUCUGUGGAGGCUAGUCCAGCAGUUAAUGAGAAGAGCGUGUAUUCCACUCAUAAUUAUGGGACCACUCAGAGGCAUGGGUGUCGAGGACUGCCUUAUGCUGAUCAUAAUUACGGAGCCCCUCCUCCUCCGACACCUCCUGCUUCUCCCCCUGUCCAGACGAUCAUCCCUCGUUCUGACCUGAAUGGCCUGCCGUCGCCCGUAGAGGAACGCUGUGGAGACAGCCCGAACUCUGAAGGAGAGACCGUUCCUACCUGGUGUCCCUGUGGUCUUUCUCAGGAUGGCUUCCUUCUCAACUGUGACAAGUGCAGGGGAAUGAGCAGGGGGAAGGUUAUUAGACUUCAUCGGCGGAAGCAGGACAACAUAUCAGGUGGGGAUAGCAGUGCAACAGAAAGCUGGGAUGAGGAGCUUUCUCCUUCCACUGUGUUGUAUACAGCAACACAGCACACACCUACUAGCAUCACCUUAACUGUUAGAAGAACCAAACCCAAGAAGCGGAAAAAGAGUCCAGAAAAGGGUCGUGCAGCACCAAAGACAAAGAAAAUCAAGGCAUUUCGAGAGGGAUCCCGGAAGUCCUUGCGGAUGAAGAAUUCUCCUUCUGAAGCACAGAAUUUAGAUGAGAAUACAACUGAGGGAUGGGAAAAUCGGAUAAGACUGUGGACUGAUCAGUAUGAAGAAGCUUUCACUAAUCAGUACAGUGCCGAUGUACAGAACGCCCUUGAACAACAUCUACAUUCUAGCAAGGAAUUUGUGGGCAAACCUGCUAUUUUAGACACUAUCAAUAAGACUGAAUUGGCCUGUAAUAAUACAGUUAUUGGUUCCCAAAUGCAGCUACAGUUGGGAAGAGUCACUCGCGUACAAAAGCACCGGAAGAUCCUGAGGGCUGCAAGAGAUUUGGCUUUGGAUACUCUUAUAAUAGAGUAUCGAGGAAAAGUCAUGUUGCGACAGCAAUUUGAGGUCAAUGGGCAUUUCUUCAAAAAACCAUACCCCUUUGUGCUCUUCUACUCAAAAUUCAAUGGUGUAGAGAUGUGUGUGGAUGCACGUACAUUCGGUAAUGACGCUCGGUUCAUCAGAAGAUCGUGUACACCAAAUGCAGAGGUGCGACACAUGAUUGCAGAUGGGAUGAUUCACCUGUGUAUUUAUGCUGUGUCUGCCAUCACCAAGGAUGCCGAGGUCACCAUAGCAUUUGAUUAUGAGUACAGUAACUGUAAUUAUAAAGUGGACUGUGCAUGUCACAAGGGGAACCGGAAUUGCCCUAUACAGAAAAGGAAUCCCAGUGCUGUGGAACUGCCACUCCCACCUCCUCCAAGCCUACCCAUCAUUGGAGCAGAGACUAGACGGAGAAAAGCACGACGGAAAGAGCUAGAGAUGGAGCAGCAGAAUGAGGCUGUGGAAGAGGAUACCAACCCACAACCAGAGCAAGUUUCUGAGAAAGUGACUGUAUCCAGUGACCAUGAGAGCUUAAGGGUACAGCUGAAUAUUGACUCUGUCUUAAAGGAAAUAGACAAUCCAGAAGAAGAGAAAGAAGAGGUUACAGAUGACCAGGAGAACCCAGCUCAUAGCAGGAGGACUCGGGAAGAUAGGAAGGUUGAAGCCAUCAUGCAUGCUUUUGAAAACUUAGAGAAAAGAAGGAAGCGACGUGAUCAGUCCUUGGAACAAAGCAACUCUGAUGUAGAGGUUACUACCACCACCUCAGACACACUUGUAGGGGAAGAAACAAAAACUGAAGCCCCUGAAUCUGAAGUCAGCAACUCUGCUUUAAAUGUGGCCACCCCAAGCACCCCACAGAGUAUUGGGGUGAACACCCGGAGGUCUUCCCAAGCUGGGGAUGUGGCUGCAGAAAAACCAGUCCCCAAACCACCUCCAGCAAAGCCUUCUAGGCCCCGACCGAAGAGUCGAAUUUCUCGGUACCGGACCAGUUCAGCCCAAAGACUAAAGCGCCAGAAGCAGGCCAUUGCACAGCAGGCAGAGUUGUCACAAGCUGCCUUGGAAGAGGGAGGAAAUAACAGCUCAGUAACUCCUACUGAAGCUGGAAGUAUAGACAGUUCAGGAGAAAACAGGCAAUUAACAGGGUCUGACCCAGCUAUGGUAUCAGUUGCUGGAUCCCAUGUCAACCGUACGGCAUCUAAAUACCCCAAAACCAAAAAGUAUCUAGUUACAGAAUGGUUGAAUGACAAAGCAGAGAAGCAAGAAUGUCCCGUUGAAUGCCCUUUACGUAUUACUACGGACCCAACUGUACUGGCAACGACCCUGAACAUGUUACCUGGUCUUAUCCAUUCCCCGUUAAUUUGCACCACCCCCAAACACUACAUUCGCUUUGGCUCACCCUUUAUCCCUGAGAGGCGUCGAAGGCCCCUUCUGCCUGAUGGCACAUUCAGCUCCUGUAAAAAGCGCUGGAUAAAACAAGCUUUGGAAGAAGGGAUGACUCAAACAUCAUCUGUACCCCAAGAGACUAGAACUCAGCAUCUAUACCAAAGUAAUGAGAAUAGUAACUCUUCUAGUAUCUGCAAAGACAAUGCAGACCUGUUGAGCCCAUUAAAGAAAUGGAAGUCUCGCUAUCUAAUGGAGCAGAACGUCACCAAGUUACUUAGGCCUCUUUCUCCAGUCACACCACCCCCUCCUAAUUCAGGCUCAAAGAGCCCCCAGCUGACCACAUCUGGCUCAUCCCACCCAGAAGAAGAAUGUCGAAAUGGAUACAGCCUCAUGUUCUCACCAAUUACGUCUCUUACUACUGCUAGUCGCUGCAAUACUCCUCUGCAGUUUGAGAACAUAUCCUCCCCUGAGAGUUACCCUGCGAAUAGGCCCGAGUCCCUGUCACCCGAGCUUUGUCACCGAAAAGACCUGGACUUGACAAAAGUAGGCUACCUUGACUCCAACACUAACAGCUGUGCUGACAGACCUUCCCUGAUCAACUCAGGUCAUUCUGACCUAGCUCCUCAUUCCUCCAUCGGACCCACCUCUGAGACCGGCUUUCCAAGCAGGAGUGGAGAUGGACAUCAGGCCCUCAUGAGAAACUCAGACCAGGCAUUUCGGACAGAAUUUAACCUAAUGUAUGCCUACUCCCCAUUGAACUCUAUGCCUCGAGCAGAUGGAUUAUAUCGAGGGUCUCCCCUAGUAGGGGAUAGGAAGCCUUUACAUUUGGACGGGGGAUAUUGUUCCCCUGCAGAAGGGUUUCCCAGCAGAUAUGAACAUGGUUUUAUGAAAGACGUCUCUCGUGGAUCCAUGUCACCUGGUGGUGAAAGGGCUUGUGAAGGAGUCCCAUCUGCCCCCCAGAACCCACCACAGAGGAAAAAGGUAUCCCUGCUGGAGUACCGCAAACGGAAACAAGAAGCCAAGGAGAAUUCUAGUGGGGGAGGUGACUCUGCACAGAGCAAAAGCAAGUCUGCAGGAGCUGGGCAAGGCAGCAGUAACUCACUUUCUGACACUGGUGCCCAUGGUGUGCAGGGAUCCUCAGCCCGAACCCCAUCUUCCCCUCACAAAAAGUUCUCCCCGUCUCAUUCCUCUUUGUCCCAUUUGGAGGCUGUAAGCCCGUCUGAAUCCAGAGGCACUUCAUCUCACUGCAGACCUCAAGAGAAUAUCAGCAGUAGGUGGAUGGUUCCCACAUCAGUGGAACGACUCCGAGAAGGAGGGAGCAUCCCCAAAGUCCUCCGAAGCAGUGUGAGGGUGGCCCAAAAAGGAGAGCCUUCUCCCACGUGGGAGAGUAACAUCACAGAAAAAGAUGCAGACCCUGCAGAUGGAGAAGGCCCAGAGACACUGAGCUCAGCACUCUCGAAAGGAGCAGCUGUUUACAGUCCUUCCAGAUACAGCUACCAGCUCCUGCAGUGUGAUAGUCCACGGACAGAAUCACAAAGCCUCCUUCAACAGAGUUCCUCCCCUUUUCGAGGACAUCCUACCCAAUCUCCAGGAUACAGUUAUCGAACUACUGCACUGAGACCUGGAAACCCCCCCUCUCAUGGUUCUUCAGAAUCCUCCCUGUCCUCUACAUCCUACUCCAGCCCCGCCCACCCUGUGUCCACAGACUCUUUGGCUUCAUUUACGGGGACACCAGGGUAUUAUAGCAGCCAGCCACAUUCUGGAAACAGCACGAGCAGCAAUCUUCCGAGGAGGAGCUGCCCUUCUAGUGCUGCUAGCCCUACCCCACAGGGCCCCUCAGACUCACCGACCUCAGACUCGGUUUCCCAGUCCAGCACAGGAACUCUGAGUUCCACCUCCUUUCCUCAGAACUCUAGGUCGUCAUUGCCAUCAGAUUUACGGACUAUCAGUCUGCCUAGUGCUGGGCAGUCCGCUGCCUACCAGGCCUCCAGGGUAUCUGCGGUUUCCAAUUCACAGCACUAUCCACACCGCGGGAGUGGGGGUGUGCACCAGUACCGACUCCAGCCGCUGCAAGGGUCAGGAGUCAAGACUCAGACAGGACUUUCCUAGGGCUUCUGGAUUUGGGCAAACAGAACUGAAUGAGCCCAUAGCUGCUUCCUUCCAGCUGCCUCUGGAACCUAGGCCAAGCAGAUCGCUGGGGAAGAGGGUACAAGGUGCCAGAGGAUUGGGUCUGGUCAACAAGAAACAAGACUUGUGGUCGCAUCUGGCUCUGGCCUUGGGAGAAAGAUGUAAAUCUUGUCUGAAGCAGAGACUAUAAAGAAGUUUCUCCCUGCUGUUAAGGGUACAUUGUUGACAAGCAAAUGGUGUUUCAGUUAGUAACGGUUCUAAGUGCAAUGAGUUGUGUCGAAGCCUCCAUCUCCCAUCCUUGCCUGUAGCCUGUAGUCACUUGUGCAGUGAGGACAUCUUUUUUAAAUCCAAAAGAAGUUUUCAAAGGUGGGGGACAUGAAAAGAGCCAGUCUCAAAGCCCCAAGCCAUCUGAGUAGUGUUAGGGUUUUAUGCACUUAAGAAGAAAGUUAGGUAUGUAAAACAUGCACCAUAAGACAACCAUUCCAAAAGCAGACAUCCAAGGUAUGUCCACCAAGAAUGCUCCCUACCUGUGCUUUAAAUCACCAUGAAAUAGGCAGGGAUAGUGAAGCUUGCAGUGAGUACUCUAAGGGGUGCCUGGCUCUCUGAAGAAAAGCUUGUGGUCAACUCUUGGUUAUUCAGGAGCAGAUUAUCCUAGUAGAUUGUCUGAGCCCCCAACUGUUGCCAUCCCGCUCCCCUUCCUCAAGCUGUUUCACAGUUCAGUAACCCAUAAAGUAGAUAGGUAAAGAAAAGACGAAUGUUACGUGAGAUGGGCCCAUUGCCGUGCUACUUCUCAGCUGUUGGCAAUAGAUUUGAUUAGGAAGGAUCCCAGGUGGUUUGGGAAUUCCUCGAGUUUUAUUUUUCUGCUCCCAGUUAAUCAGGAGUUAAUGAUCCCAUGAGUAGGACCACCUCCAUGAUUUGGGAGCACGCACUCGUGACUGCAGGGUAAGAGUGGAAAGGUGUGUGUGUGUGGAGUGAUGCCAACAGGACUGCGAUUGUGUGUGGGCAUGUUCCACAUUUCUUUGGGGGAUGCUCAUCUGACAGUGGCACAGGUGAGAGAGUUAGAAAGCCGCCCAUGCACCUGACUGUUGUGGAUGAGAGACGAGAGCAGAGUGGCUUCUCCCCAUCAGUGCAUUGUGCCUAUUGUACACCCCUGGAGGAGCUCUGGAGCCAGCCCAGGUGGGGUACGCAAUCUUUUUAAAUUCCAUACGGUUGCCAGCUUAUUUCUUUCACUUGUUUACUGUAAUAUCCGGCGUGUUUUUAUUUAUCUAAUUUUGUAUUCAGUUAUAACCAUGGUAGGGGUAGCAGAUCUAUGACAGGUGUAAUCCCUGGUGCUGCAGUGGACCUUACUUCUUUUCUUUUGGACAAGAUAAUACUGUGAGUCUCCCUCCGUCCCUCCCUCCAGUUUGUUUUCUCCUUCCCCCCCCCAGCCUCUUGCAUCCCCUUCUUUCUACCCUCUCCUACAACUAUCAUAUGCACAGUCUUCUCUCUUUGUGUGUGACUGUUACAAAAUUUCACUUUUUCAAAAUUGAAAUCAGGUGUUUGCUCAAAUGAGGGGAGAUUUUUUUUUUUUUUUUAAUGCUGAAACCUCAGCAGAAUACUUUUCUUUUUGUUGUUUCCCCCACAAACCCAUCAGUCUGGGAGAGCCUUGGGAGUGGAAAUCAUGUUGCCUGGGAUGCUGGUUUCUUUGUAUAUUAUAUAAAACGUAUGUAAAUGUCUCUCCAUUUGGGCUGGGGUUUGCAUUCUCCCCUUGGCUGUUAACCAAGGGGAGAGGCCAGCGGGCAGGCGGCCCUCACCCUGCCUGGCACGUGCAGAGACCCCAGCCACUCUGUGUGGGCAGGGUGCUGUCAAGACCAGACCUCUUGGGGGGGAUGGGGGCGGGGGGUGGG